GAACGAAGCUUACGCUGCAAGAAUGAAUCCACGGGAACCACACCUUUGGCAUCGUUGCUGGCUGGCAACUUUGGCAACCAUCCGGGCAGGGAUGAAAUGUUCAAACUCAUGACGCUCCUCACAGACUAUGGUGCUGUGCUCGAAACCUCAGAUUGUGACUACAGAGGCUGGUUGGCGGGCGUGGCCUUGCGUAAUCGCGACCUGGAUGUGCUGAAAAUAGCGCUGGGGGCGGGUGCUGCCCCCAAAGACGCCACCGUGCCUUUCAUCGCUGCGAUGAGGUCUCAGAGUGAUGAAGGUUUCCUCAAAGGCGCGGCAAAUCUGCUUCUGCAUGCAAAGGCAGAUCCCAACCAUCUGUACAGGAAAGGAAAAACCAUCCUGAGCAUGGCCGCCAAAUAUUGCCAUGCUGAAGUUGUGCACAGUUUGCUGGCUCCCCCCACUGUCAAGACAGCACAAGAGGUCUUGUAG